GAAUUUCAUACUAAAAAGUCAAACUGGGCAAUGAAUCCUGGAUAAGCUGGCAUCUCCUCGAAUUCUACAGAUAAUUCUCAGUUCUCUUCCAUCCCGUCCAACCUCGCGCCCCUCAGGUACUUUGAAAAAUGGGAGGAGGAAAUGAUCAUCAACAUGAUGAACGUGAGAAGGGAUUGUUUUCUAAUCAUCAUCAACCACCACCAGCAGGUUAUCCUCCCGAUGCAUAUCCACCAGCAGGUUAUCCUCCCAAUGCAUAUCCACCAGCAGGUUAUCCUCCCAAUGCAUAUCCACCAGCAGGUUAUCCUCCCAAUGUAAAUCCACAAGCAUAUCCUCCUGUUCCUUAUCCUGGUGGUCCCUAUGCUCCGCACCACUCGGGCCAGUCAGGGCAUGGCAUUGGGCCAAUGCUAGCUGGAGGAGCGGCAACUGGGGUACUAGGUGUCGUUGCUGGUUAUGCUGCUGGUCACCUGUCACACGGAGGAGGAGGAGCUGGCGCUAGUCAUCAUCUCAUUCCACCACACGGAUCUGCUCAUUAUGGGCAUGGUCCUUCUUAUGGCGGCCAUGGCAUGUUCAAGCAUGGGAAAGGUCAUAAAGGCAAGUUCAAGCACGGCAAGGGUCAUAAAGGCAAGUUCAAGCAUGGGAAGGGCGGAAAGCACGGCAUGUUCAAGAAAUGGAAAUGAUUUGGCGAGCUUUUCACCCUCUCUAUCUAUCAUCAUGAUAAACAACGCCAAUGUUGCGAUUGAUAAUCACAUGUCAAGGUAAUUUUCCAUGCUGGUAUAUGUAGAUAGAGAUCCUGAUUAUCCUAUAAAAGAUGCUAUGUGGCUUCCUUCCAUUGCCAAUGGAGCUAAAAAGAGUCGUCAUUGACAAUAUUUUAGCUUCGAGUAAAUAAUGUACUAAAAUAAAAAUGGCACAAUAAACUUUGCUUCUUAGUUUCAUGAAGUUUUGGGUUGCAUAUGCAGCAAUUCAUAAGGGUUUAAGGGCU